AUGAAGCGGAGGCUGUGCGAAAUGUCGGACGUGAAGGACGUGAAGCCCGAGCCUGACGACAUGCAGCCGACGGUGGCGACGGUUGUGGCUCAGCAAGUUGCUGCAGCUCUGCUGGCUCCACUUACAGGCGGCAGCGCGGCGCGCUUCGGGCGUGUGGUCUUCGGAGAACAGGAGCAACAGAGCGUCAACGCCUUUCUCCACCAGAAAUUGGGUAAGGACAGUCUGGCCCGCAGACCCGGACCCGGUGGUCGGAAAUUGACGUACAUUGAGAGUUGCAAAGCCAUCGAAUUGGCCAAUCGCGCAUUCGGCUUCAACGGGUGGUCAUGUCACAUUGUCGAGUGUAAGGAGGAAUACGUACGUGAAGUCGGGGCUGUAAGUGUGGUUUGUGGAGUGCUGAACAGUUAA